AUGGCUACGCCCGUCAUGACCGUCUCCGAGAGCAAGGAGCUCAGAGGGCUCAACCUCAUUGCGGCUCAUUCCCACAUUCGCGGCCUCGGCGUCGAUGGCACAACAUUGGAGCCCAGAGCGGCGUCCCAGGGUCUGGUCGGGCAGGAGAAGGCCAGGAAAGCCGCUGCCGUGAUCCUGCAGAUGAUCAAAGAGAGCAAGAUUGCUGGAAGAGCCGUGUUGAUUGCCGGCCCCCCCAGGUCAGAGGAGAUCAAGCAGAUUCUCACCAUCAGAGCCCAAGAAGAGGAGGUCGACGUCUCGCCCGACGCCCUGGCGUUGCUCACCAAGAUCGGACAGGAGGCGGGUCUGCGCUACGCCAGCAACCUCAUCACGACGUCCCAGCUGAUCUGCGCCAAGCGCAGGGCGAAGACGGUUGAGAUUUCCGACGUCCAGAGGAGCUUCUCGCUUUUCUACGACCCGGCCCGCAGCGUCAAGUUCGUCUCCGACUCGGAGAAGCGCUUGAUCGGCAACGACGGUGCCGUUGACUUUACCGUCACGAACGGUCACGGCGAUGCGAUGGAGUUGAGUUAG